CCGACCUCAUUAUCUCAGGAGCGCUCAGAGGGACCCGAAAAUGACCCCCCAAACCCCCCCUGAGCCCCCCAAAUGCUGCUGCUUCAACAUCAAGACAGCAACAGUGGCCCUGGGGAUCUUCCACAUGGUCAUGAGCGUCCUGCUGCUGAUCGAGUAUUCCCUGGAGGUGGCCAACGGGAAGGGCUUCUGCAAAGACAUGGACAAGGAUUACUACAGAAUUGCUGAUAUCACCACCAGUUUCCUGCUGAUCCUCAUGUUGUUUGUCAUCAGCUUCCACCUCCUGCUCGGGGUGCUCAAGAUGAGGGAGCGGCUCCUGAUCCCCUUCCUGGCUCUGCAAGUCAUCGAUUUCCUCCUGAGCCUCCUGACCAUGUUCAGCUCCUACAUCCAGGUGCCAGCGAUCAUCUCCAUGUCCUCCCUGGGCCACACGCAGGGCCACUCCAGGACUCCCCUGCUGGCGCUGCAGCUGCUGGAUUUCUGCCUGAGCAUCCUCACCCUGUGCAGCUCCUACAUGGAGGCGCCCACCUUCCUCAACCUCAAGCCUGUGGAGAGUGGGGGCUCUGUGCCAGCCCUGGAGAAGCUGCCAGCAGAGGAAUAUGCCAAAGUGAUGAUCACCUUCACCAUCGCCUUCGUGGCUGUGCUCGUCCUCAAGGCCUACAUGUUCAAGUGUGUCCUGAGCUGUUUCAAAUUCAUCAAAGCCAGCAGGAGGGAGGAGGUGAAAGUGGAGCCACACGCAGUGGAAAAGGCCGUGCUGCCAUCCUAUGAGGAAGCCCUGGAAUUGCCUUCCAAGGAUUGUCCCCCUCCCUACGUGGCCAUCUGAGCCCAGCUGGGGGGAGCUGACACUGGGUGCUGCUGGUGCCUCCCCCAGCAGAGCCCCAGUGCUCACCCAGAGCAGUUCCCAGCCUUUUCCAGCCACAUCCUGCCAGGGAACUGCUGGAAUCUUGUCCUGCUCUGGCACCCCAACUUCCUGACCCUGGCACCCCAAUUUCCUGACUCUGGCACCUUAAUUUUCUGAUCUGGGUACCACAAUUUCUUGACCCUGGCACCCCAAUUUCCUGACCCUGGCACGCCAAUUUCCUGACCCUGGCACCUCCAUUUCCUGACUCUGGUGCCUCCAUUUCCUGAGUCUGACACCCCAAGUUCCUGACUGUUGCAGUGUGUCGCAAUAUCCUCUUUCCGCUAUCCCAGUCCCUCAGGUGUGCCAACCUCUCCCUUCCCCUCCCAAUUGCCCCCUUGCUAAGUGCUGUCCAUCAAUCUCAGUAGGCCACCAAGGCCAUCGUCUGAUAGGUGAAGUUCAAAAGAUGCCUCUCAGCCCUGGGGACAAUUGGGCCAUCCAAAUGUCAUUCGUCCCCUGAGCCUUCCCCCUCCUACCUGGUUGGUGGCACACCUACCCCUUCCCCUCCCCCUUUCCCUGAGCUUAAAAAGACACGGGACCAUGUGGUGGGGAUUUGGUUGGAGCUGUCACAACAUUCAGAGGCCUGCGUGCCCAGGAAUAAACUCUGGAUUAUGACCCCCUAGCCGGAUCCAUCUCCUUUUCCUCUUUGCCUCGCCUAAAGCUUCUCCAUCAGAGGUCAAGCCUGAGUUCUUGUUGCCUGGACUUGUUCCAAGAGCCAGCUGCAACACACAACUAACCAAAGGUGUCUCUGGGGUGAAACACCACGGCUGCCGCCUUUGGUCAGGCAGCGAGGGCCAGACAAGCUCAGGCAUGUUCCACCUGGUAAUAUUGGGAUUUUAUUCCAAUACCUGACCCUGGAACCCCAAGUUCCUGAUUCUGGUACCUCCAUUUCCUGAUUCUGGCAACCCAACUUCCUGACUCUGGCACCCCAAGUUCCUGACCCUGGCACUUCAAUUUCCUGGUUCUGGCACCCCAAAUUCCUGGUUCUGAUACUCCAAAUUCCUGACUCUGGCACCUCCAUUUCCUGACUCUGGCACCCCAAGUUCCUGACCCUGGCACCCCAAAUUCCUGACCCUGGCACCUCCAUUUCCUGACUCUGACACCCCAAGUUCCUGAUUCUGGUACCUCCAUUUCCUGACUCUGGCACCCAAAUUUCCUGAUUCUGGCACCCCAACUUCCUGACUCUGUCACUUAAAUUUCCUGGUUCUGGCACUUUAAU